AAAUGAAGCGCAUGUUCAGACCUUCCUGUCUGGCGUCUUCUGUGAUUGUAGCCGACUAAAUUACUAUCUAGCUAGCACGACAUUUAUUUAGCUGCUUUCUGUAAUGCGGAUACGUAGGACGGUAAAAUGGCUACAAUUUACAACAUGUUCCAGUCAGAAACAACUUCAAUUAUGUCUAUUCUUGUCGAGACUACACUGACAGAAAUUCGCCAGUAUUUGCUUACCGAGCCAAACUCUCACGCUAACGAAGUUAGCAAUCCCGAGAAUAAGUUUUGCGCAGUUAUGAAUCUGGUGACCGGAGAGGCUAUUCGUAAAAUCUGCCAACUAUUCUUAGCGGUCUCCUCAAGUUUACAAAAUGAGAACGAGAAACUAAAGACAAAGGUGGAGCAGAUGGAUGAAGUUUUGAAAGCAAAAGUGAAGAAGAUGGAUAAAGACAUGAAGGCAAUUACUGAGAAGGCCGAACAUUAUAGAACGUCUCUGGCUAAAGUCACCUUAGACGUGCAAGCACAACCAAAAGGACCAACCCCAACUCAUGUUCUAUAUAAUGGAAUUAUCUUCGCAAUAAAACCAGUUGAUCUCCCGGUGGUACUUGCAAAUACAACAGCUUCAGCAUUGCCAGAAAAUGUCAGUCAACCAAACAAUGUCACCAAUGGAAAGUCAGUCUGUGCAGGUCCUGCAAAAGUUGUCAGUAAACCCAUAGAAACCUGUUUAGUGGAGAAUGACUCCUCUCUGGGAGACACCCAUGGAAUUAAUAACGACCCCUCACCAAUAGACACUGAAUCCAAUGCUGAGCAUAUUAGGCUUCCUGAGGACACUGGCAACAGGAAACAAGAUUGCAGUGCUGCUAAUGGGACAGGAUCCAAAGAAACCAAAUGCUUCAAGUGUGAUGUUUGUGACAAGACCUUCCACUUGAACCGCCUGCUAGUACGACACAUGGUAAUCCACACGGGAGAGAGGCCAUUCCCUUGUGGUCAAUGCGGCAAAACGUUUAGAAUGAGCAAGCAGCUUGAGCAGCACAUGUUGCGCCACAGUGAAAAAACGUUCAACUGUAAGGUUUGUGGGAAUACAUUCUCUACCAAGUAUAAUCUAAAACAGCAUCAGCUUGUUCAUGCAGCGGAGAGGCCGUUCAGUUGCCAGACCUGUGGAAAGGGUUUCACACUAAAGAAACUGCUCAGCGACCACGAGAGGAUCCACACAGGUGAGAAACCCUACAGAUGCACAGUGUGUGGGAAGAGUUUCAGGCAGAGUGGUGGCCUAAGUGGUCAUAUGAGAACACACACAGGUGAACGUCCACAUACAUGCUCAGAGUGUGGCAAGAGCUUCAUGACCAAAUCCAGCCUCAAAUACCAUUUGGUAGUACAUACAGGGGAGAAACCAUUUAAAUGUGAGACCUGUGGCUCUGCUUUUAGCCAUAAAGCGAACCUCGGGAGACACCAGGUUCUGCACACAGGGGAGAGACCAUACAAAUGUAAAGUGUGCGGGAAAAGCUACCUUCAGUCCACCCUCCUGAAAGCUCAUAUGCACAACCAUGGGGCAACCAAACCGUAUAUGUGUGACCUAUGUGGGAAGACUUUUAUUUACAAUUACCAAAUGAAACAGCACAAUCUGAAAUGGCACACGGCCGACGGAGAGAGGCAGAGAGAGCGAGACAAAGCAAGGAGGAGAACCGCCCGGCGCGAUGGAUCAUCGACAAAGCCAUUCAGUUGUGACGUGUGUUUGCACGGCUUCAGCUCCAUGCUGACCCUGAAAAACCAUCAACGGAUUCACACGGGACAGAAGUAUUAUUCCUGUUCCAUUUGCGGCAAGACCUUGGCCUACAAACACACCUUUGACUAUCACAUGAGACUUCACAGUGGACAUAAGCCUUAUGCUUGUAAGUAUUGUGGAAAGACAUUUUUUCUUAAGCAAGCUCUUGAAGGACACGAGCGAACUCAUACGGGGGAAAAACCCUUCAAUUGCACUUACUGUGACAAGACUUUUGCAGUCAACAGCAAUCUCAAAAGGCACGAGCGGGUCCACACAGGAGACAAGCCAUACAAAUGUGAUGUCUGCGGAAGGUGUUUCAGCCAAGCCAGCAAUGUCAAAGCCCACAUGCAAAUCCACACUGGAGUGAGGCCAUACUAUUGCAAGAGCUGUGGAAAGGGCUUUUCUGACAUAAGACACUACAGAAACCAUAACUGUAAUGAUGUGGUAGCCACUCGUAAAUCUUCUGACCGCAGCUUCAGAAGCAGAAAGGGACAACGAAUGUAGAGACGGUGCUUGCCCUCAUGCCUCUGUUUUGUAGACCAUAUAAGUAAUAUUGUCUUUCUUUCUGGGGAGCAUUUCUUGGGAGACUUACAGGAACAUUUGAGUGCUUGAGGAAAUUACAUGUUUGUUGUAAAGCUUGGAGCUAUUGGUAAAGCUCAGUUCUCAGCGCGAGACUCUGACAUAAUUCACAGAUUUGUACGGCUUUUACGAAGUAGACCGAAAGCCAUUCUAAACUAGCACAAUAUUGGGUACUCAUUAGCUUACAUUUUGGUAAUUGUUUGAACGGUUGCUAUGACCACAUGCGGUUCUGAUCUUUACAAAAUCCAGAAUACCCAUUUUGGAUGGAGUAGCAGGUAGUUAGAACGCUAACGCUUGUCGGCAUAGGCUAGAAGCAAGGUAAGCCUAGCAGUUAGAUCAUCUUGGCAGUAACUGAACUAUUUAUGGAUCUAAUCCAUAAGCCUACAUGGUGAGAAUGUCUUUUGUUUGUCUCCCAGGUUGUUCUUGUGAAUGAAUGUUCUCAUUGAACCUGCCUAGUCAAAUAAGGGUAAAAAUGGUCUGCAAGUUAGGAUCUGAAUUCAUGAGCCCAGAUUCUUAGGUGACUGUUAUUUCUGAAAGUCUGACAAAUGUUUUAUGAUGUUUUUCAGUUGUUUAAAUCAUUAAACACCUCAUUUAAAAAUAUCAAACUAGGCAUUAGCACUUGGUCAUUUAUUUGGGUGACUAAAUAGAUAAUUUUACUAAGGGGACAGGAUUUUAGCAAU